ACAAGGCGGAAGUCAGGUGAAACGUAUAGAGGGAAAGUCAUGUGGAACGCACAAGGCGGAAGUCAGGUGGAACGCACAGGGCGGAAGUGGUUGAAAAAAAAAAUCUUCCGAGUGAGAGGAGAGAUUGAUGUGACUGGCAGCGGGUGCUGUGCGCAGGGAUCUAUCUGUGUGGUGUUUAUAUGUUCUCCCUGCAUAUUCAGGGACUUCCUCCAGGGACGCUAUUUCUUCCCACAGUUUGAACGCAUACUGGUCCCUAUAAGGUGUGAGGACGUCACUGUCUAUUUCUCCAUGGAGGAGUGGGAGUAUAUAGAGGAACACAGGGGUCUGUACAAGGACGUGAUGAUGGAGAAUCACCGGCCCCUCACAUCACUGGAUGGGGCCAGUAACAGGAAUACCCCAGACAGAUGUCCCCGUCCUCUUUAUUCCCAGGAUCAUACAGAGGAGAAUCACAGUGUCCCACAGGAGGGUCUGGAUAAGGACCUCAUUGAUAUUAAAGUAGAAGAUAUAGAUGGAGAAGAAGAGACGUAUGUGAUGGGUGAUCAGGAGGGUAAAGAGGAAGGAAUCCAUACAGAUAACAGCGCAGAUGGAUCCAGUAACAGAAACACCCCAGAGACGCCGUGUUCUCCUUACUACCAGGACCACACAGACGACGAUCACAGUAUCCCGCAGGACUGUCAGGGCGAACACCUCAGUGAUUUUAAUAUUAUCAUUAAAGAAGAAAUAAAAGAUGAGGAUGAAGAGAUAGCUGUGACGAUUAAAGAGGAGGAAAUCCCUACAGAGAUCAGCACAGGUGGAUGUAGCUUCAGGAAUAUCUCAGAGGGUCAUCUUAUUUUAUCUCCCGAUUGUAAAGCAGAUGAUUCUACUGUUACCACAAAUGCACGUCCAGUUCUCGACACAUCAUUUCGCUCUAUAUCCAUACAUGAGGAUCUUUCAUCUGGUAAUUCAGAUAUCGUUACACGUAGCCCGGCAAGCACAGGUGGUAAAAUAUUUCCGUGCUUUGAAUGUGACAAGUGUUUUACCCAGAAUGCAGCGCUAUCACGGCAUCAGAGGACUCAUAGAGACGAGAGACCAUUUUCAUGUUCUGACUGCAGGAAAUGUUUUACACGUAAAUCAAUUCUCGCGGAACACCAGAGAAUUCACACAGGCGAGAAGCCAUUUUCGUGUACUGACUGCGGCAAAUGCUUUACCCAGAGGUCGGGUCUCGUUAUACAUCAGAGAGUGCACACUGGAGAAAAAACAUUUUCAUGUUCUGUGUGCGGAAGGCAUUUUAUACAGAAAGCCACUGUCCAUGCAGGAGGGAAAGAGAAGUUGUCCUGCCCUGGCUGCGCCUCCGGUUUCUCCCCACAGCCUCAGAAUAAAAAACACACCGUUGAGAAACCUUUUAUGUGUUCAGAGUGUGGGAAAUGUUUUAAACACAGAUCAAAGCUGAAAACCCACCUGAGAAUUCACACAGGUGAGAAGCCCUUUCCGUGCUCUGAGUGCGGAAAGUGCUUUGCCCAGAAAUCCGAUUUUGUUAAACAUCAGAGAGUGCACACAGGUGAGAAGCCUUUCAGAUGUCCUGACUGUGGGAAAUGCUUCACACAAGAGACAAAUCUGGUUUACCAUCAGCGGCUUCACGCAGGAGAGAAGCCGUUUCCCUGUGCUGAGUGUGGGAAAUGUUUUACGCAGAAAGCCAGUCUUGAGAAACACCAGAGAACUCACACUGAGGGGAAGCCGUUUCCCUGUUCCGAAUGUGGGAAAUGUUUUACACAGAAAUCCAUCCUGGUUAUUCACCAGAGAAUUCACACGGAUGAGAAGCCAUUCUCGUGCUCCGAUUGCGGGAAAUGCUUUAAGCAAAGAUCGGGUCUCAUUCACCACCAGAGACUUCACACUGGCGAAAAGCCGUUUCCGUGUCCCGAGUGUGGGAAGCGUUUCAGGUUGAAAUCAAGUUAUAUUAAACAUCAGCGAAUUCACACGGGGGAGAAGCCAUUCCCUUGCUCGGAAUGCGGCAAGUGCUUCACGCAGGAAUCCAUCUUGGUUAUUCACCAGAGAACUCACACGGGCGAGAAGCCGUUUUCCUGCGCUGACUGUGGCAAAUGUUUUAAACAGAAAUCGAAUCUUGUUGACCAUCAGAGAACUCACACCGGCGAGAAACCGUUUUUAUGUUCUGAGUGUGGGAAAUGCUUUGCAAAGAAAUCCACUUUUGUUAAACACCAGAUAAGCCACACACAAUUGCACGGGUGAAACGCUACAAUUAGUGUUGUGAAGUGUUAAUUUUAAAUAUCAUUAAACAGAGAUUUUUCCCCGCCCCUGAUAUGGAGACUACGUUAAUCUCUCUUAGAAAUUCUCUUUCCAUAUAAGAAGGCUUCAAGAUAUAUGAAGGUUUGCGCUGACACACUGUGAACUAUUAUAAUUUUUUAUCAUUUUUUUAAUUUCUAAUUGCUGUAUUGCAUGUCAUUAAGUUUACUCUUGUAAGGUGUCUGAAUCUUUAGUGUUUAUAUUUCAUAUGUCCGUCUGUAUAACUGUAUUGAUGUCACUAUAUAUGUGUCCUCUUUUUAAGUCUUGUAGCAUUUUAAAAACAUUUGUAUGCUACAUAGGUGUUUAGCUCAUAGAAAUAUAUUGUAAUACAAUAAAUAAUAAAAGUAACAUGCAAAGAAAAAAAGAU